AUGGCGAACGAGUUCAUUGGUCUGCAGAUGGUCGUCAACCUGCGCCAUCCUCCCGAGAGAUUGUGCGGUACGAUAAGCGGCGUUGAGGCUGGCCAGAGCUUGACUCUAACCAAUGUCUGGUCUAUCACCACCGGGCAAUGGCAUCCCCGCCUGUCCAUCAUGCCUUCCAAUAUCGUCGAUAUAGUAGAUGCGACCAAGGAUCCCGCCGCGCAGGCAUUUGUCGCACAUUCCGUCCCAGCUCCUCCGCCACCCCCAGCGCCCUCCCAACCCGCGCAGCCAUCCUUUGCAGACCCUGCAAUCCUCUCCUUCAAGCCCAGGACCGGUUCGGCAGCACCCACGGAGCUACCGGCCCCGCUUGCGCAACCAGUGACGGCCGAGAAAGAAAACGUCGCUCGCAUACCGGCACCUGAGAUACGGCUAGAACAUGCGUCGAGGAAGGCUACUCCGACAGGCAGCAUAUCGGAAUCUAUGCGGAACUUGAACAUGGGUGCCCACUUGCCUGACGAGGGCAACUCUUACGCAGAGAACGGCGCGAAAGCGACAGCGUCGUCGCAGUCGCAAGAUGCAGCCUCCAAAAAGAAAAGACGGCGGCAGCCGAGACAGCCUCGCAAUGCGCCUCAGGACGAACAAGCGGACGCAACCAACGUGGACAGUUCGAAGGGUGUGGGCCGAGGAAAAGGAUGGAGGCAAACGCCUAUCCUGCAGAGCACAUCUUCCUUUCAGCCUUUCAACUCUCUCAAGAAGAAAGGGGGCAAAGGAAGGCAGGCAGUGGGUCAGGAUAAUGGCUGGGCUUCCGAGGACGUUACGGACGUUCAAGAAAUGGGAGACUUUGAUUUUGAAGGCGGCCUGGCCAAAUUCGACAAGCGAAGCAUAUUUGACCAGAUGCGCAAGGAUGACCAGAUCGAUGAAUCGGAGCGUCUAGUAUCGCACAAUCGACAGCCAAGACCCAAGCCGGGGACGGCCGGCGGAAAGAACUUGCAUUACUCGGAGAAUGUUCUGGAUCUGCCAUCGUCCAGUGCAGCUAAGGGCUCCCGUGAGAGUCCAGCAGUUGCGCAAGACUUCUGGAACAGCGAGGCCGAUGACGGGGUUGCCAAUGGCGAGCAUCGAAAUAGUGGGCGAGAACUCGGCAGUAGGCAGAGCUCGCGAAGGGGCGAAAGCAAGAUGUCGACGACGAGGAGAUCCCAGUCCCGGAAAGCGAGUGCAACCGGGCCGGGUCAAGGACCAAGCCGUGUCAACUCAGGGGUAAGCGGUCAUUCCCACCAUUCUCGCCGCACAGCCAACUACAUGAAAGCAGCCGGCGCUAACGAACACGGCCGGAAACAGUUCACAGCGAUGGCAUCUACCUACGGCUUCUUUCUUCAGCCGUCAAGUCGACGCCUGGAGACGGUCUCGGCACUCCAGAUGCUCAACCUGGAGAACAUCGCGCAGAACGAGCUGGGUCUCACCGAGGAGAUGAUGACGGAGAACUCGGGCCGCGGCAUUGCCGAAGUGACUUUCACUGCCCUGGCAGACCCAGCCAUCAAGAUCCGCACGGGUGCAAAUGACAAGUCAGGACCUGGUGCCUCCAGCGCCGCACCGGCGACGGUCGUGAUCUUAGCAGGCAACAACAAGUCAGGCAUCCGGGCCGUGGCCGGUGGCCGCCACCUUCGUAACAAGAAUGUCAACGUCCUCUUGUGCGUGGUCGGCAUCGAGAGGGAGCGGGAUCUCCUCGAGGACAUGCGGCAGCAGGUGCAGCUGUACCGCAACUACGGCGGCAAGGUCUUCUCCAAGAGCGAGCUCUUCGAGCACGUGCGCAAGAUGAGCAUCCCGACGCUGACGAUAGACACGCCGCGGAGUGCUGCCGCGAUCCUGCCCAAGCCGCCCGCCGUCACGCUCAUCAUCGACGCCCUGCUCGGCCUGGCCAUCACCUUUGACGAGCUGCGGACCGCGGAGCAGGCGUCGGUCUAUGAGCUGAUUGAGUGGGCGAACCGCAACGAGGCCUUUGUCCUGGCCGUCGACAUGCCCACGGGCAUCGACCCCUCCUCGGGCAAGGCCAGCAUCGUGGACGGCAGCCCGCUGUACCUGAGCCCGCGGUACGUGGUGGCCAUGGGCGCGCCCAAGCGCGGCCUCCUCGAGGCCAUCGCCGCGGCCGCCGAGCAGGUCAGUGCGGGCGCGGGCGAGGCGGCGCCCGUGGUGUCGGACGCGGACCCCAUGACCGACUGGCGGCUGUUUGUCGCCGACAUCGGGUUCGGCGCGGCGGUGUAUAAGAAGGCCGGCACCAAGAUUAGGAGAGGCAUCGACUUUGAUGACAAGUGGGUGCUCGAGAUGGUCUAUCGCGGAGCGGCAGAUGAGGAGGAGUAUGUAUGA